AUGUCAAAAAACUAUUUAAAGAAAGAUAAUGUCACUACAAAAGUGAACGUUAUUGAAACUAGAACUAAUGACGAUGGUAAUUAUGGAAGGUUAAGUGAGGAUUGGUUAGACAGAUCGGAUUCUUCAUUAACUUCAAACACUACCCAGAUUGAAGAAGAAGAAGUUGACUCAACUACGAAUUUAAUUUAUUCGACAAAGACUCAUAGAAAGUUAUUAAAUAGACAUGUUCAAUUAAUCGCAAUAUCUGGUGUUAUUGGUACUGCUUUAUUUGUAGCCAUUGGUAAAGCUCUGUAUCAUGGUGGUCCUGCAUUUUUAUUAAUUGCAUUUGCAUUAUGGUGUAUACCAAUUUUAUGUAUCACUGUAUCAACUGCUGAAAUGGUGAGUUUCUUACCUGUUGCCUCCCCUUUCUUGAGACUAGCUUCAAAAUGUGCUGAUGAAUCAUUAGCUGUCACGGCCUCUUGGAAUUUCUGGUUCUUAGAGUGUGUUCAAAUCCCAUUCGAAAUUGUUUCUGUAAAUACUAUCAUUCAUUACUGGAGAGAUGACUAUAAUGCUGCUAUCCCUUUGGUGGUACAAGUCGUCUUAUAUCUAUUCAUUUCAAUUGCAACUGUAAAAUAUUAUGGUGAAAUGGAGUUUUGGUUGGCUUCCUUUAAAAUUAUUUUAGCUAUUGGCUUAUUCUUUUUCACUUUGGUUACAAUGCUAGGUGGUAACCCAAAACAUGAUAGAUAUGGAUUUAGAUACUGGGGUGAAGAACCUUUCAAGAAAUAUUAUCCUGACAACAAUACAAAUGGUACUGAUUCUCUAGGUUACUUCCAAGGUUUCUUAACCUGUUUGAUUCAAGCUGCUUUUACAAUUGCUGGUGGUGAAUAUAUUUCGAUGUUAGCUGGAGAAAUUAAAUUACCAAGAAAAGUGCUUCCAAAGGCUUUCAAACAAGUGUUCUGGAGAUUAACUAUCAUUUUCUUAGGUACUUGUUUAUGUUUAGGUAUCGUUUGCUCCCCAAAUGAUCCAAGUUUAACCGCUGCAAUUAAUGAAGCAAGGCCAGGUGCUGGUUCAUCUCCUUUCGUCAUUGCAAUGAAUAAUUUAAGAAUUAGAGUAUUACCAGAUAUUGUUAAUGCUGCUUUGAUCACCUCUGCAUUCUCUGCAGGUAAUGCUUACACUUACUGCUCAUCAAGAACUCUAUAUGGGAUGGCUUUAGAUGGUUACGCUCCAAAAAUAUUUACUAGAUGCAAUAAAUAUGGUGUCCCAAUCUAUGCUGUUGGUGUAUCAUUACUUUGGGCAUUGAUUAGUUUGUUACAGUUGAAUUCCAAUAGUGCUAUAGUGUUGAAUUGGUUGGUCAAUUUAAUCACUGCUUCUCAAUUGAUUAAUUUCGUUUUUCUAUGUGUAAUUUAUCUUUUCUUCAGAAGGGCAUACAAUGCCCAGAAAGAUAAACUACCACCAUUACCUUUCAGAUCAUGGGGCCAACCAUAUACUGCAAUUUUUGGUUUAGUUUGUGCCUUUUCAAUGAUAUUUAUCCAAGGCUACACCGUGUUCAUUCAUUCUUUAUGGAACACAAGAGACUUUUUAUUUUGUUACUUAAUGGUCUUCAUUAACGUGGCUAUCUAUUUGGGAUAUAAGUUUAUUUGGAAGCGUGGUAAGGAUAAAUUUAUUGAUCCACAUAAAGUUGAUUUUAUUACCGACUUGAAGGAAAUCGAAGCACAUGAAUUGGAUUUUGCCUUCGAAAAGUACAAACACUUUCACUAUGCAUAG